AUGGCCAACGAUCCCAAAGCCAUGUGGGAAAACCUCCAAAAGAACCUCCAGCGCGCCCAGCAAGCGGGAGGAAAGCGAUUCGGCGGCGCUGGUCCCGGCGGUGGAGCUCCCGGUCCUCGCGGCGCACUCACGGGCAUCGGCGGCCUGCUCCUCCUCGGCGGCACCGUCUGGGCCUUCAACAACGCCCUCUUCAACGUCGAGGGUGGACACCGCGCCAUCAAAUACACGCGCGUGGGCGGAGUCAAGGGCGAAAUCUACGCCGAAGGCACACACAUCAAGAUUCCCUGGUUCGAGACGCCCGUCGACUACGAUGUCCGCGCCAAACCGCGCAAUGUCGCCUCGUUGACCGGCACCAAGGACUUGCAAAUGGUCAACAUCACCUGCCGUGUGCUGUCGCGGCCGCGCAUCGAUGCCCUGCCGCAAAUCUACCGCACUUUGGGCACCGAUUACGACGAGCGCGUCUUGCCGAGCAUUGUCAACGAGGUGUUGAAGAGUGUCGUCGCCCAGUUCAACGCCAGUCAGCUCAUCACCCAGCGUGAAAAUGUGUCGAGGCUGGUGCGGGACAAUUUGGUCAAGAGAGCCGCGAGAUUUAACAUUAUGCUCGACGAUGUUUCCCUGACCCACCUCGCCUUCUCCCCCGAAUUCACCGCCGCCGUCGAGGCCAAACAGGUCGCCCAGCAAGAAGCACAGCGUGCCGCCUUCGUCGUCGACAAGGCUCGGCAAGAGAAGCAAGCCAUGGUUGUCCGCGCACAGGGUGAGGCCCGUUCCGCCGAGCUCAUCGGAGACGCCAUCAAGAAGUCGAGAAGUUAUGUCGAUCUGCGAGAAUUUGAGAACGCAAGAAACAUUGCCACCAUUCUGGAGAAGAGCAGCAACAAGGUCUACCUCGACACUGAGGGUCUCGGACUGAACGUCACACAGACGCAUCGGGAGAAGGAGGAGGGCCGAAAUCGAAAGUAG